AUGGCCGAAGGCGGGGCAAGCAAAGGUGACGAGCCAGAGAGACUGGCUGGGCUGGCGGAGGACGAGCCCCAGGUUCUGCAUGGAACUGGCCACUGUAAAUGGUUCAACGUGCGCAUGGGGUUCGGCUUCAUCUCCAUGACCAGCCGAGAGGGAAGCCCCGUGGAUGUGCCCGCGGACGUGUUCGUACACCAAAGCAAACUAUUCAUGGAAGGAUUUAGAAGCUUGAAAGAAGGAGAGCCAGUGGAAUUUACAUUUAAAAAAUCCCCCAAAGGCCUUGAGUCAAUAUGGGUAACAGGCCCAGGUGGGAGCCCCUGCUUAGGAAGCGAAAGAAGACCGAAAGGGAAGACUCAGCAAAAGAGGAGACCGAAGGGAGAUAGGUGGAGACGGCAGGAUUUACUGAUGGAUCAGAUGUGGACUGUGAGAGAAGAAGAGGCCAGGAUGAUUCCAAGAUGCUACAACUGUGGUGGGCUCGACCAUCACGCUAAAGAAUGCGGUCUGCCUCCUCAGCCUAAGAAGUGCCAUUGCUGUCAGAGCGUCACGCACAUGGUGGCCAACUGCCCGCACAAGCUUGCCUCGCAGCUGCCCGCCAGUUCUCAGGGAAGACGGGAGGCAGAGCCCCAGCCAUGCGCCUCCGCGUCACCUAGGGAGGUGGGAGGGGGACAUGGCUGCACAGCCCCACUUCCACAUGAAGUGAAGUCAGAAAUGGCAGAACGGUCAGAACGGUCACCCCAAGAAGUUUCUUCCUCGAAAGCAUUCGCAUCAAUAGGAGAACAAAACAAAAAGGGGCCUUUGAUUCAGAAACGGAAAAAGACUUAG